CGCCACGUGACUUUGUUUACUUCCGCAUUUCUGCCACAAAACGAGGAGGUUUUUCUGCCCAAAUGGCGAGAAACGAGGAGAAGCAACAAGGGAAGUUAAACAGACUUUGGCUGCAAAAAGAGAGAGAAGAAGGUCGGUUAAAAGAUGUCCGGGAGCGAAGACCCAAGUUGUCGACGCUUAACUCCGCAUCAUCUGUGAAGAAGUGGAUCCCCAGCAUCAAGAAAGAAAUGGAGUAUUACCUGCAGCAAUCCCAGCUCACCCAUUACCCCGAGAGGAAGAUAGCAGAGUUCCAGGUAAACAUGGAGGCUUUAGAAAAGGAGUACAAGCGUUUCGUUACCAAGCUGCGUGUGCUCGACCCCGCCUGUAAGCACAAGCCCUGGACCCCGAGAGCCUAUUGUAAGAGGAGAGCGGAGAAGGACGAGUCGGCGACGAGCAUCGUGAAGACGAAGCCGUUGCCUUUUGAGACGUCCGGCUGCCAGAUUGAAGGCGAGUUUUCCCCCGGCAGAACGCCAACCGAACCGUUCAACGGCGCUCAGGGCAGUCCCAUCCCAACCUCAGGAUGCACGGAGGACCAGGACCAGGACCAGGACCAGGACCGGCCGCUCUCCUUCGACCGGACUCGCCUGGCUAUGGCCUCUGCCGCCUUCAGAGGCGCGUCGGACCAGCCGGGCUCCUCUCAGACACAAAACUUAGCGAGGAUGUUGCAGCUCUCCCUGCCAAAUCUGGGUAAUUCUGCUGCCAUGGGGAGAGAUGGCCACUUGUCAGCAGCAGGGGGUGCUGUUGUCCAACAGAAAGCUGCAGUGGAGAAACCGAGGACUUCCCGUGGAGAAACGCAGCGGAGGACGGGUCAUGUCCUCGGACUGGAUUGUUACUCUUCUUCCGCAAUCCCAGCUCACCCCGAGAGGAAGAUAGCAAAGUUCCAGGCCAAGACCGUGCAGGAGCCGAGCAGAGCGGAGAAGCUGUUAGGCGCCGGUGCAGAAGGUGGAGGGAAACGAGAGGAGAGGAAAGAGAGAGAGGAAAAGCCCGCGGCACACAUGCUAGGCCGGGUGGAAAAGGUCGCCUUCCGCAACACCCUGCGGUGGGACCCGCGGGUGGGCCACGCGUUCACCGCCGGGGGCGUGACCUACCAGGUGGAGGACGGCGCCUUGCGGGUGAACCGGAGCGGACUGUACCACGUUUACUCGCGGGUGGAGUUCAUCUUCCAGCGCUGCUCGCCCACGUCCUCCUUCGUCCACACGGUGUUCGUGAACAGGACGGGGCAUCCCUUCCGGCCCUUGACCCUGAUGGAGGCCCACCGGGCGGGGUUCUGUUCCCGGGCGGCCGAGUACGCCUGGACGGCCGACAGCUACCUGGGCUCGGCCGUGCGGCUGGAGGAGCGCGACAGGGUCCUGGUGAACGUGUCCCACCCCCAAUAUCUCAGCCACUCGCAUAACGGCAACUUUUUCGGCUUGUACCAAAUCUGAGGAGCGCACCUGUCACGGCGGCGAUUGCGCAAUAGACUGGCAACACUAACAGAGUGGGUGUGGUUUGGAGAAAAAAAAAAAGGUAUUUAUUCAUCCCUUUAUUAUAAGUGUCACACCAUCAUGUACAGCAGUGCUUCUCAAACUUUGCACCACCUCAGGAAACACUCGGCCCUACAAGUACCGGCAAAAUGCAUUAAAACACAGUGGCGUAGUAGGCCUAAGUAUUCAUUAAAACAAGGCAGAGGUUUUAUUUAACAAGCAUAUUGGCCACUGUAGUGUUACACACAGUUUGAACGGUAACACUGUGUUUUAUUAAGUGACUCUUCAUAAAAGACAUUUGAGGACCCCUGGUGUACAGUCAUGAUGCAACACCAGAAAUGAAGAUAUUAUAUUAAUAUAUAUUUUGGGGCUUUUGUAACGUUUGAAGAUGUUUAUUUGUCAUUCCAAUAAAUUAUUUGACGAAA